AUGACAGUUGGGGGAGCAACAGGUACAAUAUGCAACAUCAUUAACGACACCCAGCAGAAACACCUACGUGAGACUAUUGAGAAGAUCACCAGUGAUUUCCAGAACACCAUCAAUGCAAUGUUUGAGAAUGUGAGUACAAUUAUUCAUAGCACAGAAGACAUUCAACAGCUGGUGCAGCAGGAGAUUAAUGACCAUAAACCAGCAAGGAUGAUCCAGGCAGGUGGGGAUCAAAUGAGAGGCUUUUCAGCCAUUUCAGGACUCCCUAAAGCUGAAAUGCCCUCAAAGAGUCAAGGGGCUAAGCAGUUUGACACAGCUGUUUGUUGGACUAAAGGCGGUAUCAAAGGCUUCCAGUUAUGUUCUGGUGCUGUCAAAAAAAUUAGUUCAUCUUCAGAGGCUGUCAAAAAUUUUCAUUUGACUUCAGCAGUUUCCAAAACCACUCGUUUGUCUUCAGGGGCUGUUAAAACGGCCCGUGUGUCUGCACAGACUGCAAAAGCUGCCCGUUCAGCAGCGGCAGUCAGUGGUAGUUCUUUGGAGUUCUUCACAAAUAAACCGCUUGAUCUGAGAGGGUGCGGUGUGCUGACAGAGUCCAAGACGAUAAAGAGCCGUGAAUUGGACUUGGCCCUGUUUACACUUGCUAUUACAAAACUUGGCUAA